CCGCGAGCAGAUAAUCUUAUUAACCUUUGUGUCCGGAAGACCUUUACCUGAUACAAACACAAAAUGGACAAGCGCAGGAAUUCUGAGAUCGGUACUUGGAGGAAACUUGGAGUUGUUGGGGUGCCCGUCAGCAAGGGACAGAGGCGGGACGGCACUGAAAAGGGGCCUCAGGCGCUCAGGGACGGCGGUCUGGUGGAGCGCCUCAAAAAAAUCGGCUGUGAUGUCAAAGACCACGGUGACGUUAAUUUUGGUUACCUCGACGAAGAUUUGCCACAUGAAAACGUAAAGAACCCCAGAAAUGUUGCCAUGGGAUCACUUCGGACGGCCGACGAGGUUGAGAAAUGUCUGCGUACAGAAGGCCACUGUCUUGCCAUCGGCGGCGACCACAGCAUGGCCAUCGGCACCAUUAUGGGCCAUGCGCGCGUCCAUCCGGAUAUGGUCGUAUUAUGGAUAGACGCUCACGCCGACAUAAACACGCCGCUGACGUCAGAUAGCGGGAACAUUCACGGCAUGCCCUUAUCGUUUGUAGUGGAGGAACUUGACCCCUAUGUUCCCCAUCUGCCUGGUUGGGAGGGAAUUCAACCCUGCAUCAAGGUUGACCAGAUCGCGUGGAUCGGGCUGCGUGACGUGGACCCGGGCGAGCGCAAGAUCAUCGAGAAGUUCGGCAUGAACGCCUUCAGCAUGCACGACGUUGACAACAACGGCAUCAAAGAAAUACUCAAAAAGGCGCUCGAUGCUGUAGACCCAACUGGGACGAAACCAAUCCACGUGAGUUUUGACGUAGACGCCAUGGACCCGACGCACACUCCGAGCACCGGAACUCCCGUCAGCGGCGGUCUGUCCGUCCGUGAGAUGUGUUUCAUCGCAGAGGAACUCGCCCUAACAGGCCGGGUGGCCAUGCUGGACAUCGCCGAGGUGAACCCCAACAUCGGCGACGAAAAGGACGUCAACCAGACCGUCAACUCCACGCUUGACGUCGUCUCCCGCUUCUAUGGUCACCGCCGCCAGGGACUCUUCCCCACCAACUACGAAAUCCCGACCGCCAUCCUUCGGAGAAACUCGCUCAUCAACGCCUCGUAAAAGAUGAUAGUGCUAAAUUGACAGUGUGACAAAUGUUUGUGGUUUUAACUUCAUAUAUCACUCAUGUACGUGCUUAUAAAUAGACUCCUAACAUCUGAAGUAUAAUAACAAAAUAUCGAUGACAUUUUUACUUUUCGUAUUACAUGCAGUUUAUUGAUGAUGUAUCAUUGUAUAUGUUUGUGUCAAACGUCAUGCACUGUAAGUAGUGAGAUCGAAGUACGAUAUAAGAUGUAUGGAGUUCAAGAUAUGCAUAUAUUAGCAAAAUAUGAGUAAUAGUUGAAUGACCUGUUGCAAUAUCUUGAAUUGAUUGAUUUUGUUGUAAAUAUGAAUUGCAUUUGCAUUUUUUUUUCAAAACGUUUCAAUAACUGUUUCGUUGCAUGUCAGGCUUCUUUUAAUUCUGAGCUUUAAUAUGAGCUAACAAUAACUGAUAUAUGUAUGUAGGUUUAAAAAUGAAAAUGUUAUGUAAGUUGUUGUUGUUGCUGCUGCGGCUGAUGUUGUUAUUAAAUGAAAGUUGAAAGGAA